AUGCCUCUUCACCUUCUAGGCAAAAAGUCAUGGAACGUCUACAACACCGAGAAUGUUGCGCGCGUCAGACGGGACGAGGCGCAGGCGAAAGCCCGCGAGGAAGAGGACGAACGUAUCAUGCAACAGGAAGAUGCUGAACGCAGAAUCAAAAUCCUUCGCGGCGAACGUCCACCUACCCCUCCGCCCGCCCCCUCACUUCCAUCAUCCGAAAAAGACACCAGAUCAGACAGAAAGUCCCACGAUGCUGGAAGGUUCCGCAAGAGAAGGCGGGUUGCCGGAGAAGAUGACACGGAUCGAGAUAUACGAUAUGCUCGAGAGGACGCGGCACAUGCAGCUGCAAAGCGGGAAGAGCUGUUGCUCGCCUCUCGCCAAGCCGAUACAGCGCAGGCACCGAUCCUAGACAAGACUGGUCACAUCAACCUGUUCCCAGCUGCAAGUGCUAAAGCUGAGAAGAACCAUGAAGCAGAGGCAGAAGCGACACGAAAGAAACGGAGCUAUGAAGAUCAAUACACGAUGAGAUUUUCUAACGCUGCAGGCUUCAAGGAGACAGUUGGUCGGAAACCCUGGUACUCCUCUGCAGAUCAGAAUGCAACUGCGCCAGGUUCUAUGCCCGAAAAAGAUGUGUGGGGCAACGAAGAUCCAAGGCGCAAAGAGAGAGUACAGGCUCGCAUGAGCGCAAAUGACCCACUCGCGGCUAUGAAGCGAGGCGUUCGUCAGCUGAAAGCAACGGAACAGGAACGGAAGCGAUGGCACGAUGAAAAGCAAAGGGAGAUCGCGAGAUUGAAAGCUGAGGAGGAACAGAAAUCAAGCCAUCGGCGGAGGCGGUCCCCAUCAGUCGGUAGCCUUGAUGGUUUCAGACUCGAUGCUCCUGACAGAUCACGGGAGAAGGACCGCACAAGUUCUGAGCGGCAUCAUCGCCGCCACCGAGACCGAAGUCGAGAUCGCUCGCAUCAUCGAUCCCACCAUUCCUCCUCCCAUCGCAGUCAUCGUGAUCAUAAUGAUGGACGUUCUGAGACUGCCAGGCGGUCGAAAACUUCAGAAGCAAGACUUCCUAACUAG